AUGACGCGUGCUACCUACGUGCUGAUUGACGUUUCUAGUUCACACUGAUCGAGUCUGACAAGAAUGACACCGUCCAGUGCAACCACUGCAAAGUUUGGACAGGCAACAACAAGACUCUCAAUCGCAAGAAAGACCACCUGCUCAAAUGUCCGCAGUAUUUGGCCUGGCGUGCGGCAGGUCACGGCCAAGAUCUAUUGCCUGCUAAUACAUACAACAAGCGCGACAGCGAUAAUUUGCAGGGCGACGACGUUCUUUACAGCUCCAUGUAUGGCGCGGUGCCCCCUGGCGUUAGUCAACCAACUCCGACCAUGACCAAAAGCCGCACUUAUGAUAUCGCCAAGUCAUUCGACGAGUUCUGGGAUGACUCAGCUUCGCAGAAGUGCAUGCGCGUACGAUGUCGAUAUUGCGGUUUCGUGCGCGCGAAGAACACCACGCGGCAGGUCGAGCAUCUUGGCGUCUGUCACGAGUUCCUCAGCUCGACUGAAGGACAGCAGGCUCUGACGAAUGGCGAUCUCAUCCCAGUAUCGAAUGAUCAGUCACCGAACAAUGCGAUCUGGCGUGGUGGCGCUCCGAAUCCGAACAUUCAAGCUGUUGCCCGCAAAGCCCAGGCUCGUACCAGCAUGGGACCACCUCCGGGCGCUCCUCCAUCCAAGCCUCAGCCUUCACUCGCCAGUCACCUCGUGACUAAAAUGGCGGAAGCUCUGACAUCGGCGACGCGAAAACCCUUCUUGUCCCAUGCGGGUUGCGGCACGCUUCCGGCGACUGCACUGAAUCAGUGGCUAUCUCAAGAGAUACACAUUUCGCGUGCUCUCGUCUCGUUCGUAGGCUCGUUGAUUGGCAAGAUACGCGUACCGGAGACGAGUGACUUAACUCGCGACCCGACCUUUCGCGCUCUUGAUCUCCUAUGCUCUGCGGUCAACAAUAUGAAGAAGGAGCUCGAGUUUCUUGAAAGCACCAAGGUCAAGUACAACUUGCAUGUUGAUCCUCAGGAACCACUCCCAGCUACAAGGGGCUUCAUCGACCUAUUCGCAAGCGCUUCUUCGCCGCAGAGCACUCUGCUGGAGGGUCUAGUGGUACUAUGGGCUACGGAGCAUUGUUUCUGCACCUCUUUCCAAUACGCUGGCACGUUCAAGGCCACCAUGCCUGCAUCGUCAAGCUAUUCACUUCCUUCUUAUCUCACGCCAACGCAAGGCAGCGAAUCGGCGAUGUACUCUUCAACGCAUUCCGACAUUGAAAGCCAGCACACUGCAGCACUCCACGAGGCCUUCAUCCAGAAUUUCACGUCCGCGAACUUCGUACGUUUCGUUUCUGCGUGUAAGUCGAUCGUAGAUGAGGUUGCCAACGCGCAAACGAGUGGCAAUGGAAGGAUGGAGAUGCUCAAUUGCGAGCGCGUCUUUAAGCAGGCUGUCUGGCUGUGGGGUCACAUCUGGCCGGACGUCAAUGGUCCUGAUGACGGCGCGGACAAAGCCCUUACCAUCGAAGACGACUUGGAUACUGAUGCCACGGUUGGUUCACCCUAUGGCGGGACAGGCCUCGCUGCAAUUGCUGCCCAUAAUAGAGCUUCGAUGUCCGUGUAGUCAGUCGGCACGUUCUACCGGAUAAGUCUGGUUACUCCACCACGUGGUUCGGUUGAUGGCAUGGACUUGAAGGUGCGUUGGAGGCAAGCAGCCGCACGAGUUGACGUAUUUCGAUACCCUUUGGCAUACCAUGUACUUUCGGUGCCACAAUCGUGGCGUU